UCCUUCCUUAUUUAUCCUGUUCAUUUUCUAGCAAGUAUUAUAACUGAUUCCACCACCACCACCAUCACAACCAUCGCAUUUAUCAUUGUGUCAUUAGUAACAUUUUUCACCAUUCUAUGUACCUGUACUCUCUUUGCAAGUACAGCCCUUUUGUUGUUGUUAUCUGGUCAAGGCAUUUUCAAGGAAAACAGGGCAGUUGGUGGAGUUGGAAAACUGAAUCUGAGCUCAGAUUUGAACUUGCAUUUGUUAAUGCUGUGAAAAACCUGUUGGAUUUCCAUCAGUUGGCUCUGAAUUUGAUGCUUUUGAGGCCUGUGUUGAUUUGGGAUUCUGGGAAAUGUGCUGAUAUUGAUAUUGAUCGUUUGGACUUCUUUGGUCAGAGAUCUGUAGUUGCAGUUUAGUUUGCUUCUCCAAGAAAAGGUUGGAUUUUUAUGGGGUGUCUGAGAUCUAUGCUGUGAAGGGUCGUAUACAAAUCCCAUUUCACGCAAGAGAAGAUGGCUUCUGAUUUAAAUGCUCAGCUAUCCAAAAGCACUUCAAUAUUUGGUCUGAAGGUUUGGGAACUGAUUGGAAUCAUUGUUGGGGCAUUGAUUGUAGUUAUCCUCUUUGUGCUGACAUGCUAUCUUACUUCAAGAAAGAAAUCAAAAAGAGCUAAUGAACAGAUUCCCUUCAGCCAAAUACCGGCAGUUUCAAAAGAAAUUAAAGAAGUGCGAGUGGAGCAAGUAUCAACAAAUGAAUUUACUCCUCGUGAAGGGAUUCUUCUUACUAUUCAUGACAAAUCUAGUGAUAAAGAGUCUGACAAGGUUUUGGUCCAUUUGGGAACAGGGAAAACGAAGAAUGCAGAUAACGGCAGUCAAUCUGGUUCUUUUCAUCAUGUUGAAAGAGAUGGUUGUGGAUCACAAUCUGGAGAGGAAGGGAGCUCUGGAACAUUUGGUGCAUACAAAAAUUCGCAUCCAAUAACAGCUCCUUCUCCUCUGACUGGACUUCCAGAAUUUUCGCAUUUGGGCUGGGGCCAUUGGUUUACUCUUAGAGAUCUUGAGCUUGCAACAAACCGAUUUUCAAAAGAAAAUGUUCUUGGUGAGGGUGGAUAUGGUGUUGUUUACAGAGGAAAACUAAUUAAUGGUACUCCAGUGGCCGUUAAGAAGCUCCUCAACAACUUAGGUCAAGCUGAGAAAGAAUUCAGAGUGGAAGUUGAAGCCAUUGGGCAUGUGCGUCACAAAAAUUUGGUCCGGCUUCUAGGAUAUUGCAUUGAAGGAAUUCAUAGGAUGUUAGUCUACGAAUAUGUCGGCAAUGGUAAUCUAGAGCAAUGGCUUCAUGGAGCUAUGCGCCAUCAUGGCUAUCUUACUUGGGAGGCCAGGAUGAAGGUUCUACUUGGCACAGCUAAGGCUCUUGCUUACUUGCAUGAAGCAAUUGAGCCAAAAGUUGUUCACAGAGAUAUAAAGUCGAGCAAUAUACUGAUAGAUGAUGACUUCAAUGCCAAGGUCUCUGAUUUUGGUCUAGCUAAGCUGCUCGGCGCAGGGAAAAGCCACAUCACAACGCGGGUUAUGGGCACCUUUGGAUAUGUGGCUCCUGAAUAUGCAAAUACUGGUCUUUUGAAUGAAAAGAGUGAUGUCUAUAGCUUUGGUGUUGUACUUUUGGAAGCAAUUACAGGAAGAGAUCCAGUAGACUAUGGUAGGCUGCCACAAGAGCAGGUGAAUCUUGUUGAGUGGUUGAAAAUGAUGGUUGGAAGCAGGCGCUCUGAGGAAGUGGUGGAUCCUAAUAUUGAAUCCAGGCCAUCUACAAGAGCACUUAAGCGAUCCCUUUUGACUGCUUUGAGAUGUGUUGAUCCAGACUCUGACAAGAGGCCAAGGAUGAGUCAGGUUGUUCGUAUGCUCGAGUCAGAGGAAUAUCCAAUUCCAAGAGAGGAUCGAAGGCACCGAAGAACUCAAGUAGGUAGUACUGAGAUUGAGUCUCAGAGGGAGAAUUAUGACACUGAUAAAAGUGACAAUCCAGAACCAAGGUCAGAGAGCAAAAGGAACUACAGAACAUAAAGGAGACGGGACUCCAACUGAAAAUCCGGAGCACAACGCACAUAAAUAUGUUUCUUACAGAAUUGGCAACCUGAUAAUUCAUGAUCUGAUGUUAUGAUCCUCAACUCUUUCGUUACAAGUAUUGGCGUUUUAGGGUGUAGAGACAUGGCGGGGAAAAGUGCCUUUUCUUGGUUUUUUUUUUUCUUUAUUUCAUUCAGUUUUGAUUGUCUAUUUUUACUUUUCCCCUUUGGAUUGGGUUCCCAGAUUCAUUCUGUUUUUGUUUUAUAAAGCAUUAUGAUUUCCUGUAAGAAGGCAAGUAGAUUAAGAGAGAAUUGGCCUUAUGUAUGAAAGUGGUGGUGUGUUUAAAUCUCAACAAUCGUAGCGGCUAUGUACAGAUACAGGACUUUAUUUCAGCUUGUUUAACCAUUGUUUUGAUUCAAUGAAUAUGCUUAUAUCUU